AUGGAAGUUUGGGAAGAGGAACGUGAAGCUGUAAAGGCUAAUAUUAGCCAACUCAAGGAUCAAAUCAGUCAAAUCUUGGAAGCUUUGAAAGCCAUGAAGACGAAGGUGAAUGAAAUAUCCAAGUCUCCUCACACAGUUGUUGCACAUGAUGUUUCAACUAAGGCCACCAUGCUCACAGACAUAGAGGAAGCGAAAAGUAAACUUAAAGUGUUGAAAGUCAGGCUAACGACCAUAGAGGGGUUUGAAAGUUACGGGUUUGGUGACAUGGUGAAGUUGAGUUUGGCCCUAGGAGUGACAAUUCCACACAAGUUCAAGGAGCCAGAAUUCGAGAAGUACAAGGGUAACACAUGCCUCAAGAACCACUUGACCAUGUAUUGCCGAAAAAUGGCUUGCUUACGCUAUGACGGAAAAUUACUUAUCCAUUUCUUUCAAGACAGCUUGGCCGAAGCAGCGUUGAGUUGGUAUACACAUCUGGAAUCCUCUCAUAUUCGUUCUUGGGCAGAUUUGGCAGACGCCUUUGUAAGGCAGUACAAAUACAAUAUGCACGUCGCGCCAGAUAGGUUACAGUUACACCACAUGGCAAAGAAAGAGGAGGAGUCUUUUAAGGAGUAUGCGCAACUACAGAGAGAAUUGGCAGCACAGGUGGAGUCACCUCUAUACAACAAGAAGAUGGUUGCAAUGUUUGUGAGCACACUACAACCACCUUUUCAUGAGCAUAUGAUCGAAAGUGUGACUCCCAAUUUUGUUGGUAUCAUCAUCAUAGACCGAAAGAAUCGAGAUUGGGCUGAAGAAUUGGAAAAUUACAUCUUCGACCACUAUUCCAAAAAAUUUGUUUUAAAUCGGAAAAAAAGAAGGAAACGCGAGCACAUGCAACAUCAGCAAUACCCAUAUGGGGAGGUCAUGCCCCCACUCAUAACUAUCACCAAAGCCUAG